GUCACCUGAGCCACCUGCUGAAUGUUUGAUGGAGGCUGUCAGAGACCUGGGACCAGACGUACCUGGACAGGUAGAAGAAGACCAGUGUCCAACAGGCAGGUGAUGGUGUCAGGAUGUCGGACGGGAGGCAGCGAACCUUGUCCACCUCUGGAGAGUCUCUGUAUCACAUCCUGGGUCUGGAGAAAGGCUGUAGCCAUGACGACAUCAAGAAAUCCUACAGGAAGCUGGCGCUGCGGUUCCACCCCGAUAAGAACCCCGACAACCCGGAGGCGGCGGAGAAGUUCAAGGAGCUGAACGGGGCCCACGCCGUCCUCUCCGACCUCAGCAAGAGGAACAUCUACGACUCGUACGGCUCCCUGGGACUCUACGUGGCCCAGCAGUUCGGAGAGGACAACGUCAACACCUACUUCAUGCUGUCCACCUGGUGGGCCAAGGGUCUCUUCCUGCUCUGUGGAGUCCUGACCGGAUGCUACUGCUGCUGCUGCCUCUGCUGCUGCUGUAACUGCUGCUGUGGGAAACUAAGGCCCGCCUCCACAGGGGAGGGGGCGGAGCCUGACUACGUCUCCCCCGACGACCUGGAGGAGGAGCUACGCAAUGAGCCCGACCACGAUGUGGAUGCUCCUGUCCUCCAGCAGCCGUCCAACGCCAGCGAGAAGACGCAGCUGAUCAGGGAUGGGGGACGAAGAUACGGAGACACCUACACAUGAGGCCGCGGUCCAUCACCUAGACAACGACCCCUGACCCUCUGACCCUCUGACCCUC